AUGGCUUACGACGGUGACACUGAUCAGGAGGAGCUCGAUUACACCAAGAAGAACAACCUUGUUAAGCACCUUAUCUGCUGCCACACCGCAGAGGAUAUCGAGCCAGCCAUCAAGUUCGCUGAAGAGCAAGGAGGAAAAUAUCCAAAGAAGCGUCCUAUCAUGACUGGGUUCACUAUUAAGUUCCCAAAAGAUAGCGUCAGCGUCCUUUCCGACAGCAAACAUGUAUCAUCUGCCGAGAUUGACGGAGAAGUUAAGACACAGUAG